AUGAGAGAUUCCUUCUUCUGGAAAGAGAAAGAUCCAUUGAUCGGCCUCAAGAACCAGUCAGCUAGACCGGAAAUAGUUCUUACACGCGCAGGCUGCGAGCACUUCUGCAGCAUCUAUCCACAAUACAACAACGUGAUCGACGCCUUCCAGAUCCUGACGACAUGGGUCCUUCCAGCCAUCGCCCUCAUGAGCCAGCUCCCAUACGAGUCUUUAUCGGUCCGCUGGAGAAAAAACCUGGCUGCGUUUGGCAACUGGGUCGGCGCUCCGGCCGCCGCCAUGACGACCACAUUUUGGAACAUCGUGCUGAUCCAUGAAUGCUCCGUAAAGUUUGGCCUCUUCAGGCUUCCCGAGACGAGAGAAGAGAUACGUGACGCCCUCUUCAUCCUCAGCUGCGUUAACCAGUACGAGUACCCCCGACGCGAGCAAGUCGGCCGCGACUUGCGGCGAGACUCGGCCCUCCUCAAGGGCAUCCUGUACCCCUAUUUCAAGGACGGCAUCUCGGAAAGACAACGCAGAACACUGGCCAACUUCAACCAACACCUCGCAUUCCAACUGCGUCUUCAGAGGCGCAAAGGGGUUUAUCCAAUUUUUAUCAGCAUCGGCUGGUUCGGGAUGGCGUUUGCGUUUUCCAUCGUCAUCUCGUUCGCUGCGCUCGGCGACAACACGACCGCCCACUCGCUCGCCCUCGGGCUGCUCCUCUCCUGGGUGCCCGUCAUGCUCUUCGCAACCGUCAUCGACCGCAAUCCGACUUCUGCCACUCGGUGCAGCGAGCUCAUCCAGCGAUGGCUGUUCAACAUCGACAGGCUGCUUCCCGCAACGGAUCUGUCGAGCCUGCCGCCGAAGUUCUGGCAAGCACAUCAUGGCGGUCAAAAACACGCCGACACGACGGAGGAGUUUGACAUUGGCGAGUACAUGGGACAGGGACGCACCCUUCGCUACUGCGGCGUCGCCGACACAGUCCUAGAUAUGAUCAAAAACCCCAGCGAAGCGACGCUAGACGUCCCCGACCUGUCGACAGAUCUGACGAAGCGACCGUGGGGAUGGGUGGCGGUGUGGCUCAUCAGCCAGGGCAUUGUGACCACCAGCUUCGGCAUGGCCUUCAUGGUGUCGUUCAACACGCCAACGCAGGGUCUGGGCUGUCGCUCGCUGCUCUACCUCUGCUGGUGGCUCCUGGUUCUGCCCUCGUGGCUGAUCCUGGGAGUCUUUCAGGAGCCCAACACCAAAGUGCGCAGCGUCAUGAUCGUCCCUAAUCUGCUUGCUGUCGCUAUGCUCUUUGCUAUAAUGCUAGUGCAGUCGUUUGGCGGGCUCAACAGCUGCCUGUGCAAGACGAGCGUCUUUGGGCUGCCGCCCUUUGGUCGCUACAUGGACUUUGAGAACGCGGAAUUCUACAAGGAGUACUACUAUGUCGAAGCCUUCUGGGGUUCUGCGACGGGUAUCGGCGGUGCAACCAUGGCGAUCUCGGUAUCUUGGCUUGCUUGGAAAUGGCAUAAAUCCUCGGCUCUCUGGCGGGUGACAGAGGACACCACCGUGCGGGUGGAGGAUGACGUGUCUCUCGAUUGGCUGACAUAA